AUGGACUCACUAGGGGUGAAAACAGGUUCGGAGGGAGGGCAGCGUUUGGCUGUUUUAUCUUGCGAACAAGUUCGCCGUCUCAACGACGUCAUGGAAGAAAAAGUCAGCAUAUACGGCCGUGGAAAUUUUCCGACCCUCGAAGUCAGGCUCCGAGAUCUCGUGACAAUCGUCAGAACCAAGCUGGAAUCCGAACAAUCCUCAGGGGGCGCCGGAAUGAAGGUGCGUGACAUACGGCUCAACGGAGGAGCCGCAUCCCACGUUCUCGCGACGGAGUCUCAACCGUACAAUGAUCUCGAUCUCAUAUUCGGCGUGGAGCUUACCAGCGGUCGAAAUUUCGACCGAGUUAAAUCCGCUGUUGUUAGCUCGCUCUUUGAUUUACUACCCGAGGGAGUGAACCCGAAAAAAAUCACAACGUGUUCUCUCAAGGAGGCUUACGUCAGCAAAAUGGUGAAAGUGAAUCACGACGGUGAUCGUUGGUCUCUGAUCUCUCUUGGUAAUUCCCGCGGUCACAAGAAUGUCGAACUCAAAUUUGUGGACACUAUGCGGAGACACAAAUUGCCGAUCGGAGAAAAUUUUUAUCCGACCGUCGUCGGCGAAUCCGUUUACGGUGAUUUCCAAGAAGCCUUGUACCAUCUCCAGCAAAAACUCAUAUCCACGAGGCAUCCGGAAGAAAUCCGCGGAGGUGGAUUGCUCAAGUAUUGCACUUUGCUCGUUAAAAACUACCGGCCCGCUCGUCCGGACCACAUUAAAAUGUUGGAAAGGUACAUGUGCUCACGAUUUUUCAUUGAUUUCCCCGACAUAAACCAACAGCAAUCGAAAUUGGAAAAUUACCUUUGGAAUCAUUUCGUCGGUCCCGAAGAAGAGUCUCUAAUGUAUCAAUUCCUCAUGUUGCUCCAUAACGUCGUGGAAGAAUCCACCGUGUGUCUCAUGGGUCACGAACGACGGCAAACGCUAGCCCUAAUAGAAGAACUCGCUUGCAGAGUUCUGUGCGAGGAACAGCAAAAACUCCUCACUCAACACCGGCCUCAGUUCUUAUACGCGAACGGUUAUUAUUACGCUCCAGUGAUCGCAGCAUCCGUUCAACCGUGUUACCCAGUUCCUUGUACCUGUCCCGCUGGAUGGAUGGCCACGUGUUCGUCGUGA